AUGGCAGAAGACCCUCGAAACAACCAGGAUGCGAUAGUAACAGCUGAAUCAGGAUUGUCAACAACGUCUGAACAUCGUGAAAACGAUGAAAUGAACAAAUCCAUGUCCACCAUUUCCAACUUUGCCGUCGCAUUCGGCUGUUGCUCGAUUCUUUCUGGUUUAACACCUCUCUGGGGUGAUGCCAUGACAUCAGGUGGUUCCAUCGCCAUUAUCGAAGGCUAUCUUUUGGUCGCCAUUUUCACAUUUUGUGUGGGCCUCUCGCUUGCUGAAAUUUGCAGUGCCUAUCCUGUUACAGGUGGCCUUUACAUUUGGGUUGCUCGAUUGGCUCCUCCCGACUGGGUGCCUAUCACUUGCUGGCUCACUGGUUGGUGCAAUUGGCUUGGCUUGGUAAUUGCUAUUACUUCGACGGAUCUUGGUCUCGCUCAAUUCAUCUCCUCGUUGAUCAAUAUUACCAAUCCCGAUUAUGAUGCAGGCAUCUAUUGGCAAUAUGGCAUCUUUUUGGUCAUUGCUUUUAUUCACGGCUUGAUCAACUCUUCCAGCAUCAAAUACAAUGGCUUGUUCAAUAAUGUCUCCCUUGCAUGGCAUUUGAUUGGAACCUUGAUCAUUGUCAUUGUUGGUCUCGCAAUGACCCCCAACAAGGCCAGUGGCAAAUGGGUGUUCACCUAUUUUGAAAAUGACACGGGCUUCUCAUCCAACGGCUACGCCUUUUUGAUCGGUCUUUUGCAAUCGCAAUAUACCCUUUCAGGUUUCGAUAGUGCAGCACAAAUGUCUGAAGAAACCAAAGAUGCAGCUCGUAGUGCUCCUCUUGGUAUCUUGUACGCUGUCGGCACUGCCGGUGUCUUUGGUUUCAUCUUUAUGCUUGCCGUCAACUUUUGCGUACAAGACUUCCAAGCUCAAAUCGUUGAAACCAACAUCAACCCACAAAUGACAAAAGUCUUCCUUGAUGGCGUCGGCUACAACCUUACUGUAUUCUUUUGUGUCAUCAUCAUGGGUGCUAUGUUCUUUUCUGGAUCAGCUCUCACGCUUGGUAGCUCACGUCUUGCUUAUGCCUUUGCACGUGAUCAAGCCAUGCCAUUUAGCAAGUACCUUAGCCGUAUCAAUAAGCGAACAAAGACACCCGUUUAUGCCGUUUGGGGCAACGUCCUCUUCGCUGUCAUUGUUGGCCUAUUGUCGAUCAUCAAUUCAACCGCCUAUAACGCCAUUGUUUCGGUCAACACCAUCGCCUCUUCUCUCGCUUACCUCGUUCCAAUCUUCAUGCGCCUCACUGUUGCACGCAAAAAGUUCCAACGUGGCCCCUUCCAUCUUGGUCCUUUCUCACCUGUCAUCAACACGGUCAGCUGCUUGUGGAUUGUUUUCACGUCAGCCUUGUUCUUAUGCCCUACCGAAGCACCUGUCACUGCACUCAACAUGAACUAUGCAUGUGCUCCUUUGGCAUUUGUACUUGGCGGAUCGGUCAUCUACUAUUAUGCGUACGCAAGAAAGUACUUCCAUGGCCCUGGCAAGAGCCAAGAUCCCGAUCCUUAUCUUGAUGAGUGCUCUUUUGUUGAUACAGUUUCAAGCAAUCCUGACGUCAAGUCUGCCAAGCAUGUGGAUGCUGCUGAAGAAGAACGUCGUUAA